AUGGAAAAUGAACAAGUGCCAACAGCUGAUGCACAGGUUGUUGGAAAGCAACAACGUGACAGGCGAAAACUUCGCGAAAAGCGGCGAAGUACUGGCGUCGUCCACUUGCCGUCAACAGAGAGUACUGGAGGUAGUACUGGAGAAGAUGAGGAAGAGCUUGUUGGCACAUGUGUCGAAACUAAAAACAAUACCCAGCAUAAUGAAUUUCUUGAACAUGAACUUGUUGAAGAAAGAACAGCUAAAGUCUACACACAACGAAGAAAUAAAAGUCAUUCGGAUCUUGAGGCUGAUGACGAAGAAUUCGACUCACUAAAUCAGUCUGACAGCGUUAAUCAAUCAGACCACGGUCACCACAGUCAUCAUGCAAAUCAAUUAAAUUCUAUGAAUCGUGAUCAUAUACCAACACCUACUGAUGACAAUCCUCAAGACUUACUAGAACGUGCACAAAAAGAAAACAGACGGCUCAUAACGCUCCUGGAGAACCAAGACCAGAAAAUAAUGGCCCUGGAAGCUCAACUUCUUCAGCAGCAACGCGAGAUGGCGAUCGAGCGCGACAGACUGCGCGACGAGAACGCCGCGCUCAUUCGCGCGAUGGCUGCUCUGGCCAGCAAUUAA